AUGAUCCUCCUAGGCACCGAAAACAUCAUCAUCCGCGAUGUCCUCACCGACAAGUUCAACCGGCCAUCUUCGGUCGACCAGACGUUUACCGAUUUCGACGGCGUCGCCUACCACCUCGAAUCGACAAAGGCCGGCCCGCUCACCCUGUCCAUGGACAUCAAGUGCUGGUCCGACCUGGUCAGCGCCGGCGCAAACGACGUCCUCGCCCGCCAGUACGGACAGUGGAUCCGCGCCACCGUCGAGCCAGAGUACAGCGUCACCCUCGAAUUCGACUACGCCGCCAUCCCACCGCCUGGCCCCGAGCGCGAUGCGCUGAUCCACUCGGUCUCGCUGCUCAAGCGCAACGCCAUGGCCGCACCCUUUGAGCGCGCCUUUACCCUGCAGCGCCAGCUCGAGGCGGCGGCAGAGGGGUCGGACCCCAACGCCGCCGCGCCGCCCGCCAACGCCACCGACAUCAUGUCGAUCAACUACCGCGAGGACGAGGCCAUCUACGUGCUGCCCAGCGUCGACCGCGUCACCGUCAUCUUCAGCACCGUCUUCAAGGACGAGACCGACAAGAUCCUCGGCAAAGUGUUUCUCCAGGAGUUUGUCGACGCCCGCCGCCAGCCCUCGAUCCAGAACGCGCCCCAGGUCCUCUACUCGAACCGCGAGCCGCCAUUGGAGAUCCGCAGCAUCGGCGGCCUCAGCCGCGGCGAGGAUGUCGGAUACGUCACGUUUGUCCUCUUCCCGCGCCACUUCCAGCAUCCCGAGGUGAUGGCCGCCACCAUCUCGCGCAUCCAGCUCUUCCGCGACUACCUCCAUUACCACAUCAAGUGCUCCAAGGCGUACCUGCACAGCCGGAUGCGCCACCGCGUCGCCGAGUUUCUCAAGGUGCUCAACCGCGCCAAGCCCGAGCUGGCCGAAAAGGAGCGCAAGACGGCCAGCGGACGGACGUUCCGCCGCGCCUGA